UCUGUCUCUCGCCGUCCCUCCCUCCUGCACGCCCGCGCUCCGAGGCAGAGCUUCCUGCGUCCCCAUCCUGGUCCCGGAGCGGGCGCUGCGCCCUCUCCGCCACCGCCUCCCUCGACCGAGACCCACCCCCCACACCCCGAGCCUCCGGCCCCGGGAUCAUAGCGCCCCGAAGGAGGCAGCCCGGGGGGACGGGGUCGUGGAGCCCCCGGUCCCCGGCCGCCCGACCGUGACCGAGCUGAACCCGCAGCCGCCCGGGUGGGUCCUUAACUCAAGAGUUUAGCAUGGAGAGUUGUUUCCAGGAUUGCCCUGAACACCCCCAUGUAACAACAGACCCCUCGGCCACAGCUGUCCACACAGGAUGCCUUGAAUCUGCUUGAAGCCGUCCCUCGGGAGCCCAGCCGCUGUUUCUUUAGGGCCCCACUAGGGGCUUCGUUCCGAGCGUUGAAGGGGCCUCUCUUGUUCUUGCUGCUGCUGCUGCUGCUGCUGCUCUCAUUUAUUUCUUUUCUUUCUUUGCACCGGCCUCGCCCCGCUCCCACUGGCAUGAUGGCCCAGUCGAAGGCCAACGGCUCCCACUAUGCGCUGACCGCCAUCGGCCUGGGGAUGUUGGUUCUUGGGGUCAUCAUGGCCAUGUGGAACCUGGUGCCCGGGUUCAGCGCCCACGAGAAGCCGACAGCUCAGGGGAACAACAAGACAGAGAUAGGCAGCGGCAUUCUCAAGAGCAAGACCUUCUCCGUGGCCUACGUGCUGGUCGGGGCUGGGGUGAUGCUGCUGCUGCUGUCCAUCUGUCUGAGCAUCCGGGACAAGAGGAAGCAGCGGCAGGGCGAGGAGAUGGCCCACAUCCAGCACCAGCCGGGGGUCGAGCCUCAUGCCCCCGAGGAAGACAGCCAGGAGGACGAGGAGGAGGAGGCCGCCUCCAGGUACUAUGUCCCCAGUUACGAGGAAGUGAUGAACACAAACUCCUCGGAAGCCAGGGAACUGGACCAGAACCCGAGGAUGAGCAUCUCUCUCCCCUCCUAUGAGUCCUUGGCGGGGCUUGACGAGACCAGCCGCACAGCCGCCAGGGCCAGCGUGGAGCCCAGCCCGGGGAAUCCACCCGACAGGCAGAACUCCAAGCUGGCCAAACGCCUGAAGCCGCUGAAAAUUCGAAGGAUUAAAUCCGAGAAGCUUCACCUCAAAGACUUCAGGAUCAACCUCCCAGACAAAAACGUCCCUCCUCCCUCCAUCGAGCUCGGAUCGCGGGACGUGGACCCCGUCGGGGGCGCGGGAACCGAGCGGCUCAUCCUAAGAAAGUGA